UUUUCCGCCUUCGUGCCGAGCUUACGGUUUCCACUCACCAUGCGUCCCCCGCUCCUCCCUCGCGUCGCCUCCGCCGUUCCUCCUCGCCGCCACAGCACUCUCAGGCCGCCGAUGCCGUCCUCCCCUGCCCUCCUCCCCUCCACCCCGCCGCCGGCCGCACCCGUAGAAAUCCCCAAGCCCGAGACCACCCACCAGCACCCUCCUGCCGCCCGCCGCCGCCUGCCCCUCGCCGACGAGGAGUGGCACCCGCUCCCCCUCUCUCUCGCCGAGCUCUCCCUCCCUCUCACCCUCCCCACCGGCCAGACCUUCCUCUGGCGCCGCACCUCCCUCUCCCCGCUCCGAUUCACCGCCGCCGUGGGCCCGCACCUCGUCUCCCUCUCCCACCUCCCCGACGACGACCGCCUCGCCUUCCUCCUCCACAACGACGACCCCGCCUCCCCCACCUCCUCCGUGGCCGCCGCCCGCGCCGCGCUGUGCGACUACCUGAACUCCGCCGUCCCCCUCGCCGACCUCUGGGUCCAGUUCACGGCCGCCGAUGCGCGCUUCGCGGAGGUCGCGGCGCGGCUCGGCGGCGGCGGCGCGCGGGUGCUCAGGCAGGACCCGGUCGAGUGCCUGUUCCAGUUCCUCUGCUCCUCCAACAACAACAUCGCACGGAUCGAGAAGAUGGUCUGGACACUGGCCGGAUACGGAGAGCGGCUCGGGGAGGUCGGCGGCUUCGUGUUCCACCGGUUCCCCACCGUCGAGCGGCUCGCGCAGGUGUCCGAGCAGGAGCUUCGGGAGGCUGGGUUUGGGUACAGGGCAAAGUAUGUUGCUGGCACUGCUAAAGAAUUGAUGGCCAAGCCUGGUGGAGGCGCAAAAUGGCUUUCCUUGUUGCGUAACAGGGAACUUCCGGAGGUAAUUGAGGCUCUUUGUACCCUGCCAGGCGUUGGUCCAAAAGUUGCAGCCUGCAUUGCUCUGUUCUCUCUUGAUAAGAAUCAGGCUAUUCCUGUUGACACACAUGUCUGGAAGGUUGCUACAAAGUAUAUGUUGCCCGAGCUAGCUGGCAAGAGCCUGACUCCAAAACUGAGCAUUGUUGUCGCCGACGCAUUUGUAACCAGAUUUGGCGAGUAUGCUGGUUGGGCACAGAAUGUUCUUUUUAUUGGCCAGCUACCUGCUAAAAAACUUGUGGCCGCCGAAGUUACCAGUGACACCACGAAACCUACCAAGAGGAAACGUGGGACAAAGAUGGUUGAAAUACAGACAUAGGAGAGCAUGGAUAGUAAGGAAAAUGUCAAAGAAUGUCUGAGCUAUGUUCAGCGCAUGUAUUACCCAAAAUCCCGUUGAAAGGAAGUGCUGGGAUAUGUUUCCAGCCAUUCAAGGCAAUCCUCUGAACUCGUUGGAAGGUUCUUUUUUGUCUUUGUUAAUCAAUGAAUUAUUAACAUCUUCUGAUGACGGAUCAUGAGUAAUCGUCCCGAUCUUAGUUUUAGAGGGGGGCCUACCACAUCAGAUUUUAUUGUAUAACUGGCCUACCACAUCCUACAUAGAAGGGAUGUGUAGAGGGUAUUAUUGUAUUGUUAGCCAAAUGGCAGUGAGGAAUUCUGAGCACUUGUGUUGUAAAUCAUGUAGUUUCCCUCAAAAACUGAUAUCCUUUCAUGUGCUUGAUUCAACAUGGUUUAACAUGUUGUAUGUGUUCUUA